UGGGGCUUCCUCCGGCCCUGCUGACGCCGAACAGUUAUUCCUUGAUAGUGGGCUUCUUGCUUCGGUGUGAGGAGUUGGGCUACAGGCCGACCACGGCCUUAUUCAUGAACUUGUACCAGAUCGGCCGAGGAAGCCACAAGAACUGUGCGGCCUAUGCCACUCUUCAACAGCUGCCGAGGAAGAGGAGCUUCACGGAUUUGCCUACGUCCAUUCAUGGGUGGAAGAGCAAGUUCGUGUUUGUGUCCAUUGGUGAGAGUGGCACCGAGUUCCCCUCCCUCGGCCACACCGGGAGGUUCAACCUUCAUGACCCGCCGAAGAGCUCUAUUCUGGAUGCUCAGGUGGAGGCUUUCCUGGAAGGGGGGCCGAGGAGCGUGAAAGAUUACGUCACUGAAUACAAGAUGACGGCCCUCGGCUUCUUCAGAUAUCACUUGUAUGGAGAUAAGGAGGAUGACCUCCAACUUUGGCCGAGGAUGACCACCAACUUUGAGGAGGCCGAUGGCCCGCCUUUGGGCAUUCCCGCUGAGGCCGAUGAUUUUGUCAUGGACCGCCGUUCUAUGAUGGCGAUUGCGAAGGCCAAAGCGGCCGAGGAGAUUGCUGCCAAGGCGGCCGAAGCGGCCAGGCGUGCCGCGGCCGGUGUGGGCGGGGCUAAUGCAGAUGCGGCCCCAAAGCCUGCCCCGUCCAAGAAAAAGAGACCGGCCACUGACGGCCAGAAGAAGUUGACCGAGGCCGGCGUGAGCGUCUCUAAGAAGACGAAGAGGGCUCCUUCCCCUUCUCCUGCCAGUGAGGCCGGUACGCUUACCGUCCCCAGCGUGGGCGAUGGUGGUCCCGUCGUGGACCUUACUGUUGCUGAUGGUGCCGCCCCAGCGCUUCCUCUCGUCCAGGAACCACGGACGCAGAGGGCCGGCAAAGAGGUUGCCGGUGCUACCUAUCAGAAAGUGAUAGAGUACCCCGUCGGCGGGGGCGUGUUCAAUGAGCUCGUCCCCGGCCAUGUCGUCCUGGCCAAGGCCAUGCCGGCCAAAGAUCGGACUCAUCUGAAGAAGCUCGAGGAGCCGAAGAUCUAUGAGGGUGGCAUGGAUCUCCUCGUCCAAGUAAGUGAUUGUCCUUAUAUCCUUGUCUUUCUUCGGCUAUGUAGAGUUUUUGCCUGACCUUAGUUUUUCUUCUGCAGAGUGCCUUCAUGCUUAUGGAAAGCCAUAAGAGGCAGUACUGGGAGAUUGCCCGCCUGCAAGCACUGGAGCAGAAGGCUGCCUCGGCCGACGAGGCGGUAGCUUGCCUUGACCGGCUCCGGGAGGAUGCCAAGGCGCUGCAGGCCAAGGCUGAUGAGGCCGGCGCGGCCAGGGACGAUGCCCUGGUCAAGCUCGAAGAGAGCAGAAGGGAGCUUGAGGAGUCCCGUAGAGCGCUUGAGGCCGAGAAGCGCAGGAGCGAGGAGGCCACCAAGGCGAAAGCUGAGGCCGAAGCCGCCGUUGUGAGGGCUGCCGAUGAGGCUGUUGAGAAGUUCUUGGCCGAAGGGUGGAAGGCCGAUGAGAGGCUCCCCUGGUGUUACGAGGUGGUGGCCGCCAGGCUGGAGAAUUGGGGGAUGAACUCCCCUGCCGGCCGGGAGUAUUUCAGCCAGGAGAUGUCUGUUUACUACAACCUGGGGCAGGAGCGGAUGCAAAGGCUCCUGUACCGGCGGCUAUCCCGGGCGUUGAAGGCCAUGAAUUACACGGCCGGAUGGGCUAGACGAAACCUGAAGCUCCCAAAGCUGAUGAAGGAUCCCGAAGGGCAGGCCGCGCUUCCGCUGUCGGAGCGGGAGUCCCCCAUAGAAAGCUCCGGCCUCGGCGAGCCGGACUAUACCGAGUUCGAUUUCUUGGAUGAUGCCACCAGCGCCGCUGCCGGCCAGGAAGCUGAGGCCGAUGAGGAGGGGGCCAACGAGAUUGAAGAGCCAGCCCCGGAGGCUUGAUCGGCUAGUCCCUAUUGUAGUUAGCUUUUCAUUUUUUUGCCCAAUUAUGUAAUGGCCGUAGUGCCCUCCAAUUGUAAUGAAUUUUAUCAAUCGAGGAAAUUUUUGCUGUCCUGUUCGGCCUUGAAUCCUUUGUGUGCUUGUUUGCUGUGUCAUUUCAAUUCUGUAAAUUGUCUAAGUAUCAAGUCAUAACUUGGGUCACCCGCGAGUGUCCGCUACGUCCGUGAGGUUGGCCUUCCCGUCCAGUAGUCUGGUCGGCCUAUGCCUUUU